AUGCCAAUGAAGGCUGCACCUGUGCAACAGCCGUGUGGACGCUUCUGCAUCCUACUCUGCGCUGUUCACAGACCUGCAAACACUGUGCGAGUGCCCAAAACACCACUUUCUCAGCCAAUAAACCCAGGCUUGGAAGAAAAUGAUAGGAAAAGAAUCCCAUGCCCUCUCGAUCCAAACCACACAGUAUAUGAAGAUCAACUACAAAAGCAUUUGAAAAAGUGUAACUCAAGAGAGAAACCAAAGCCUGUCUACUAUGUUCAAGAUAUAAAUGCAGGUUUAAAAGAUGUAACAAAAAUACCUGAAGAGCAGGUACCAAUUUCUUCUCUGUCUAAAGAAGAGUUACAGGAUUUAAUUAGAAAACUGAAAACAGCAAGUAAUGGUAUAAGUUCUAUACUUAAGGAUCAAACUCUGUCCCAUCAGGCCUUAAAAGAAGUUUUAAAUGACCCAAAAAAUGGAGAGUGUGCUUUCAAGCACUUGAAGCAACAGGCUUCUAUUUUAGGUCAUAUGGAACAGUUGCAUUUACUUGGGCCAGGAAGAUGUUUUGUUGAGUUUGGAGCUGGACGAGGAAAGCUGUCUCACUGGGUUGAUACUGCCUUGCAAGAUACUGAAAAUGUUCACUUUCUUCUUGUGGAAAGGGCAACUACAAGAUUUAAGGUAGAUGGUAAACACAGAAAAAGAGACUCCAUAUUUGAAAGACUUCAAGUUGAUAUCCAACACUUGUGUUUAAACAAGAUACCCAUUCUUGUGAAAGAAAAACUACCUGUAGUAGGAAUUGGGAAGCAUUUGUGUGGUGUUGCAACAGAUCUUGCUCUGAGAUGUCUGAUUGAAAGUUUUGCAACCCAGGAUGAUGGAAUAAAUGAAGAACCUUCAGCUAAACGCCUCAAGAGUGAUAACACCCAAGCUGGUUCCAACAAUUUUACUGACAAGGAAAGAAGUGGAGAGAAUGUUUCAGAGAGCUACAACACUGUGGCUGGAAUUGUUAUUGCGCUAUGUUGCCACCACAAGUGUGACUGGAAGCAUUACGUAGGCAGGGAAUUCUUUAAAAAAGUUGGACUUGGACAAGUGGAAUUUAAUUUUUUUCAGAGAAUGUCUAGCUGGGCAACCUGUGGCAUGCAAGAAACCAUAUCUGAAGCCUGUUCAAGUGAUGUAGAAUGUGGAGCCCAAAGCAGUGACGCAGAUGAACAUGACCAAGCAUAUAACAGGCCUGAGUGCAAUUCUGAUAGCGUACAAGGGCUGCUUACUGUUGAAGAACGGAAACAGAUGGGUCAUCUUUGUAAACUGUUGAUUGACCAUGGACGGAUUGAAUAUUUACAACAGAGAGGGUACAAGGCUGUGUUACAAUACUAUACAGAUUCCACUGUGUCUUUGGAGAAUGUACUCUUGACAGCUGUACCAAAUCAGUGUUCAAUACUCCAGUCAACUGCAUAAUAGGAGAUGCAUGUGCAAUGGAGAGAAUACCGAGCUCUACAAAAUGUUUCUGGAUUUAUCAAAACAUUAUUCACAGAUGCAACUCUCAUUGAAAACAUUGUGUAGCCUUUUCUGCACUUACAAAAGCAUUUUAUGAUCUCAGAUGAAAUCAGAAAAUGCCAGCUGACUCUUAGUGGUAUGAAAAUUACAAGACCUCCAUCCUUGUCUUUGGAAUUUUCUGUUGCUUUCUCCAUUCAGAAGAAGCAGAACUUAUAUUUUUCUUCAACAAGCAACCAGCUUAGCUUAGAGAAGCAGUUUUACAUUUUUUCUUCAUUGUUUAUGGUAUCAGAGGUGCUGUCUUCCAGGUUUUCUGAGAAAUAAUAGGUUAAAAUGUAAGAAACAAACAUGCUGAAUCUCCAUUUAGAACUUCAUGAAAAUUCUCUCUGGUCUGUUUGUUUUAAUGUACCAAUGUUUUUAUUUCAUGACUUCUAGCUGUUUAGGGGAUUGACUAGAGAAAAAAAAGACUGUCUGGCAAUCAAAUGCCACCUCAGGAUGGUUUUUGUUAAUUGUAUUUCCACAUGUGAAACCUUGUAAGGGACAUUAAAUAAAAGCUGGAAUUGA